AUGUGGUUCUGCGUCGCACCUCUUUUGCACCCAAAAGAUUCCAAAGUUGGUUUUUCCUCCACCAUCAUGACGUCUUACCACUUGCGUAGAAAAAUCUUUACUUUCCUCUUCCCUCGUCUUGCGAGGAACAAGAGGGAAAGUUCAGAGCUUCCUGCUGCAAGUUUGAGACGUCGCUGGCACUUCAGGUCUUCCGAAAAGAAAUGCCCAGUUUAUCCGGAUGAGACACAAAGGCAAUUUCGCCGUUCAUCUACCGUCCAGGAUGAGAUUAUGAGGAUGCACAGACAACAGAAGGAAAAUACGAAAGCCAAUUAUCCCUUCAUGGUAAAAUCCUUUGGCAAGAAAGAACAAGAAGAAGUGGACUUGCCUUUGGCCCACAAAGCCACUGGCCCCAAUAGGGAAGAAAGAGAAUUCAAUCAAAAAAUGAAUGUGCUUUUGCAAUUGUUGGGAAAGAAGUUGAGGGCCAAAUAUGCUGCACCUCCUUCGACCGGAAUUCUCUUUUUGCCUUUGCUUUACCAAAAAGCAAAGGGCCCCUUCGAUUCGUCUAUGGCCAUCUAUGCGUAUGUGGACUGUGAGUUCAAUAAGCUUGCUUUCCAUAGAUUGAGAUUCCCAAAAGUAUUUCCUCUUUACAGAUAUCAUUUGAGUGAUCCUAAGAUUGAGAUGUUGCCGGAUCAUGCAAUGGAAGCUUCGCAAGCUGUUGCGUCUUCACUUGCAGUGGUGGGAUGCCAGUCGCUCAAAAUGGACAAAAUGUCGCAGGCAUCGAGUUUGCAUUUCGUGGAUGCAAAAUCUGCCCCAGACUUUGAGUUCAACUUUGGGAUUGACUGUUUCUUCCCCUUCAGAAAGAGAUGUCACUUUGUCGUUGGCGCCCUUUUUCCCUUUGGCAAAACGUUUUCGCCAAAACCGAAAAGUGCCAAUGUCCAGGCCUUUUUAUACUACUUAGUAUACUCCCAGCUUUUUAUAAUUGUGGCUCCGUUCUGGGCCCCUGUGAUUAUUGCCUUUCCCAUCUCGAGUCUCCGCUGGAGGAAUUGUGAACUCGAGAAUGGGGGAAUUCCAAAAAAUCGCCUCUUGAAGAUGUCUCCAAUGUAUCUGGUCGAAACUCUUGGCGACAGUUCAGCCGAAUCCUUCCUGCCUUUGGAAUUGUGUAGACUUCUGGAGUCACCUGCCUCGUCAUGUUCGGAAAAGGAAACCGAGCACGCCGGAGCUUUUGAGUCUAAGAGUGAGACAGAAGAGGAGAACAGAGAACUUUUGGAUGCUAAACACUUUUCUAUCCAAUCCUUCGAAGCUGGGCUUGGAGAAAACCAAUGCACCUCUUUUGGUCAGACUCUGCAGAAAAGCUCCUUUGAAGUGUCUCUGGCCAUUCUUGAUAGUACUGUUGGGCAUGAGAAUUCAGUUGAGGCCACAGAAUCUUCUAAAGAGAGAGCACAGUUUAAAUCUUCUCAGGCUUUAGAGGUUACUUUGGCUUCAGAAAUAUCCAAAACUGAAACCGAAAGGGUCGUUCCUGCUGUCGAAGGUCAACAUGCAUUGGAAAAUCCAGACAUGUCCUCUUACCAGGAAAGUAUUGGGCUAGAUAUCUCUGAUCUUGAAAAGAAUGUACAAGAAAUUCCUGAAGAGGUUCAGUUGGAGAGGAAUUUGCAGGAUUUGCAGAAUUCGGACUCUUUGCAAUUCUCUAAACACUUGGAGGAACCUUUGGAAUCUUUAGAAUCUUUGGAGAUAGAGGCGACGGAUCUUGUUGAAUGGGCUAACGAAAACUACCCGCAGAUUCCUGAUCUUGUCCAUGUUCUUCCACAGCCUCUGUCCAAACGGAAAAUUGCUUAUGAUUGCGAGGAAGACUUUAUUCCCAAGUAUUCGGAAGUUGAGUCCGACAUCAGUGACCUUCCUCACUUGGACGAACAAUUCUGCCAUGUUCUCGACUUUGACAAGGACGAGCCGCCUGCUAAGUCACCUCUCCAUUCUUACGACAAGAAUAAAAGGCCAGCGAAGGGUAUUCUCAUAAACAGAGACAUUGCCACUAACAGCCAAGAGACUUGGGUAAAACAAAAAGCGCCCGAAAUUUCCGUACAUCUUGCAGGCAUCGAAAUGAUGAUGGUUUGGGAGACCGGAAAGGAAAAGGUUUGGCUGUCGGUGUAUUUCUGGAACGCAUUUGCCAACCUUGUUGAAGUUUCAGAACAUUGCCGCAACUCUUCGUUUCGACAGGCUCGAGAGAUUCAAACAGAUCUUUCCCAGUCUUACCAUACUGCUCUUGGUCUUGUUAAUGAGCUUGAGGUUUUACAAGAAACAGAAGCGCUUGAUGAGAUUUCAGCUAGAACUCGUAUCGCUCAAGCCCGUGAUGUUCUUAAGGUCUGCAAGAAGAAGCUUCUAGCUACUAAAACCAAAAUUGACCAUUUUAGAGAGCGGAUGCCGCUGUCAAUUUUGGCCCUCGUUCAAUUGAAAGACAAUGUUCUCUCCUACAGAAAACCUCUUUUGGCGCUUUAUGACGUCUAUUUAAAGCGGGGAAUCCGAGAGGAACGUCUUACUGUGAAAACUGCUGAAGAGAAUACCGGAAAGCCCUCUUUUGUUCAAGAGUGCUUGAUGUUGGAGCAAACUAGCAUUCCCGACUUGGAAGACACUUUACUUGGAUAUUUGGCUCAGUUGGAAAGUGCUCAGGUUUUACUCAACUACAUGGACGAUAUUCUUUUGCGAAGCUUCUGUCUGCUUGAAAGAGGCUUAUGCCUGUUGGAUGCUCAGGAUAAUUGA